AUGGAUCGCUCCGCAAAGCCUAGGGUAUCUGUGGCCUGUCUUCCCUGUCGCAACCAACAUCUGAAAUGCGACGCGAAUCGCCCAAUCUGUGCACGCUGUCGGUCACUGGGUAGAUCAUGCUCAUAUCCGGAAUCCCGCAGGAGUGGCAAGUAUCGAAACACGUCUUUAUGGAAGACAAGAUUGCAUGGCAUUUCUCCAAGUUCCCCGAAUCUUCUCAGUCCAUCGGCAUCAAGAUCCCAAGAGGAUGAGCAGUCCACUAAUUCUGAACCAUGCAUAUCCCCUGCUAUGCUUUCCGUCGCCGCAUCCGUCACCGCACCCGUUAUCGAACCCGUUAGCGAAUCCAAUAUUUGUUCUAUGGAUGGUCAUCUGUUGGAUCUCUAUUACGAGUAUUUCCAUCCGAGUCAUCCAUUUGUAUUGCCACGCAGGAGUCUUGACUUAAGGUUAAGAAUGGGGACUCAUUCUUCGACCCUCCCACAGUUGAUCGUCACAAUGGAAUAUAUUGGGUCAUUCUAUCAGCACACUCCCAUGGAGACAAAGAUAUUUCCCACUGAUGAAGUCAGCAUUGAACUAGAUGGAUUUACCGUGCAGAAUACUCUAUUACGCGCGAUGGUUAAGAGCAUGUGUGACGACAAAUCUGGCGCAGAAAUGUUAUUAGCACAUGCUAUUCAGCAGGCAACUCUUAUUGGUAUGCAUGAGAAGAACUUUGCUGACGCAGUCGCCGAUGACGAUUCUAUCCUAUCGGAAAGCUGGAGGCGCACUUGGUGGAUGUUAUACUUGACAGAUGCCAACUUUUCUGUCACAAGACGUGAUUUCGUACCUCUCAUCACAACAUCAUGCCAUGACAUUGAUCUCCCCUGCGAGGAUGAACUUUAUGAACGCAUGGAUAUUCCUCGUCAGACAGCUAAAUUACUCGAUUACCGUCUCCGCGAAUUCGCACUAGACGAUAAAUCCUUUUCAUCCUUUGCGUAUCUCAUCGAUGCCACAGAAAUCUUCAUCGCAGCAUUGAGUGCAUCCACUCAAUAUCAGGACAUUAUUCAAGCGGAAGUUUUGUGUGGCGACUUAGAGGCUAGAGUCAUCAGCUGGUUCUUAUUACUACCACUCAGUAAAAGAGAGCUGCCAGUAGCGCCCGGGCGAAUGGAUCAGCUCAUGUUUCAAGCUCACAUGAUGAUGUAUACAUCUCUUGCCUUUAUUCACCGACCGCUGUCAAACUUGAGAUACGACCCAGCGGAAGGUAUUUCUACCUGUGGCCCGCCACCGCCACCACUGGAGCAGAGCUCUGGCUAUUCCAGGAUUGCCCACGGCAUACAUUCUGAGAAGCUGUUCCAGGCCAUUCGAAAACAGACCCAAUGUUUAAUUCUGUUACCAAUGAGAGCGGCACAGCUGUCCCCCUUUGUCAUUUGUAUGGUAGCAUGCUGCACCAUCGCUUACCUAGUGGCAUCAAAAUUUGCUUUCAAGGCGGAAGAAGCCGAAGCAGCUCGCAGUCGGAUUCGCAUUUCCUUGGCGACGCUCAGGAUGUACGAGGAAAUUUGGCCACGUGCGAAGAAAAUCUUGAUGGAAUUGAAGCGAAUUGCGCAGAGUAUUCUGCAGCCGGCGAUAGUACCACCAACUCUGUUGAUUGACUCUCAGCUACCCACAGAGGAAACCACCAUCACGGCUAGUUUCUUUGACCACGAAUGGCUACGUGCUUUUGAUAACACGGUCUCUUAG